GGCUCCAUUUGACCGACCUCCCACCCCCGCCCCACCCCCCCUCCCCUACACCCCCUCACCACCACCACCUCCCCCCCUCCCCUCCUGCUCCGACCGACCAGCGCUGCCGAAGCGGAUCGUCCUGUCCGGGGGAAUAGAAAGGAGAAGAUGAUCGCGGUGCCGCGGAAGCCGCGGCGAUAGUCCUGCAAGCAGAGUCCUGGUCCUCUCAUUAACCUCGGUCUCCUUGGGCUUUGUGGGGGGAGUGGUUCGCCUUAACACCCUCCCCCCGUCCUUCCGGCUCCCCCGUCCGGCAUGUGGACCCCACGUGGAACACCUACGCCCACCCCCCCCCCCCUCCUCGCUACUUCAAAAGAAAAUAGUCCGCGGGGAUAAAUGAGUGAACCGGCCGCGGGGGAAAGGGCUGGGACAUGUACCAGAACCCCAACAGAAUGUCCUGGUUCAGUGGCUUCCUAGUCGCCAGGGUGGACGACCGCAAGACUGCGUGGGGGGAGCGCAAUGGCAAGAAGUCCAAGCGGAAGGGAGGCUCGUCCCUCUGCAACCCGCGUUACAUGAGCUGUCUGCGGGACCCGGACGCCAUGGAGCCCCCAUCUGGAGCCCCCCUCCACCAGCACCACCGCGGAGGGGUGGGCGGAGCGGCGGGCGGCGGGGGCAACUUCGGCGUCCGCUGCGGCUGGCAGGAGGACCACUACGGCAAAAGGGGAGGGGCUCCCGGGGAAGGGGUGGGCCUGAAAUCGGUCGACCUGGGCUUCGAGGACGGCGAGUUGAAAGGCAGGAAAGGAGGGUGCAACGGCGGGGACGCGGGCGACGCGGACGGCCCCAGCGGCGCGGCGGCGGGGGCGGUGACGGCCGCGGACUGCUGGCUCAGGGUGGUGCAGGUGUUCCAGUCCAAAAAGUUCCAGUCGCGCAAGCUGGAGCGCCUCUACCAGCGCUACUUCUUCCGGCUGAACCAGAGCUCCCUGACCAUGCUCAUGGGGGUGCUGGUGAUCGUGUGCGGCAUCAUGCUGACCUUCCACUGUGUCCACGCCGCCCCCCACGUGGCCUACUCGUCGGCCCUGUCGGUGGCGAUGGCGCUCUUCAUGGCCCUCAUGGUGGUGUGCAACCGCAACGGCUUCCACCAGGACUACAUGUGGAUGGUCAGUUACCUGGUGAUCGGGGUGCUGCUGUCCGUGCAGGUGUUCGGCGUGCUCAUGGUGGCGCCCAGGAGCGCCUCGGAAGGCAUCUGGUGGUCCGUGUUCUUCAUCUACAUCAUCUACACGCUGCUGCCCGUGAGGAUGAGAGCGGCCGUGCUGAGCGGAGCGCUGCUGUCCGGCAUCCACGUGGUCACCACGUGGCAGAUCAAUCAGGAAGACGAGUUCCUCUGGAAACAGGUGAGCGCCAACGUCCUGAUCUUCCUGUGCACCAACAUCAUCGGUAUCUGCACCCACUACCCCGCUGAGGUGUCCCAGAGACAAGCCUUCCAGGAGACCCGAGGGUACAUCCAGGCCAGGCUGCACCUCCAGAGGGAGAAUCAACAGCAGGAACGUCUGUUGCUUUCAGUGUUGCCAAGGCACGUUGCCAUGGAGAUGAAGGCUGACAUCAAUGCCAAGAAGGAAGACAUGAUGUUCCACAAAAUCUAUAUCCAGAAACACGACAACGUCAGCAUUCUGUUUGCAGACAUCGAGGGUUUCACCAGCCUGGCCUCUCAGUGCACUGCUCAGGAGCUGGUCAUGACCCUCAACGAACUCUUCGCCCGCUUCGACAAGCUGGCGUCGGAGAACCACUGUCUACGUAUUAAAAUUCUGGGUGAUUGUUACUAUUGUGUGUCCGGGCUGCCUGAGCCCCGGGCCGACCACGCCCACUGCUGCGUGGAGAUGGGCGUCGACAUGAUCGAGGCGAUCUCGCUGGUGCGCGAGGUGACGGGGGUCAACGUCAACAUGCGCGUGGGGAUCCACAGCGGGCGCGUCCACUGCGGCGUGCUGGGACUCAGGAAGUGGCAGUUCGACGUGUGGUCGAACGACGUCACGCUGGCCAAUCACAUGGAGGCGGGAGGCAAAGCAGGGCGGAUCCACAUCACCAAGGCCACCUUGCAGUAUCUUAACGGAGACUAUGAGGUGGAACCGGGCUUCGGAGGGGAGAGGAACGCGUACCUGAAGGACAACAGCAUCGAGACCUUCUUGGUUCUCGGCUGCAGCGAGAAACGGAAGGAGGAGAAGGCCACGAUGGCUCGCAUGCAGCGGACGACGAGAGCCAACUCCAACGAGGGUCUGAUGCCCCGCUGGGUCCCCGACAGAACCUUCUCCCGGACCAAAGACUCCAAAGUCUUCAGACAAAUGGGCAUUGACGAGAGCUCCAGUAAAGACAACCGCUGCGUCCAGGAGGCGAUGAACCCGGAGGACGAGGUGGACGAGUUUCUGGGCAGAGCCAUUGACGCUCGCAGCAUCGACCAGCUGAGAAAAGACCACGUGAAGAAGUUCCUGCUCACCUUCCAGACGUCCAGCCUGGAGAAAAAGUAUUCCAAGAAGGUGGACGAUCGUUUUGGAGGCUACGUUGCGUGUACUCUCCUAGUAUUCUGCUUCAUAUCCUUCAUACAGAUCGUUAUCUUUCCACACACUCCGGUCAUGUUGGGAAUCUACAUCAGUAUCUUCGUCAUUCUCGCCAACAUCCUUUUUAUUUGUGCCAUAUAUUCUUGCAUCAAGCUCUUUCCGGCCGCCAUGCAGACUGUUUCAAAGAAGAUUGUGCAGUCUCGCACCAACAGCACCCUGGUCGGAGUGUUUACCAUUAUCCUGGUCUUCAUCUCUGCCUUUGUCAACAUGUUCGCCUGUGACACCGUGAGCUUGGCCCAAUGCGUCGCCGAGAAGCUGAACACCUCCGCUGCGCUGGUGACGCCCUGUUUGAUCCGCAGCCUGAAUGUGUCGCCGGACGGGGGUCUGGAGAUCUGUCCCAGCCAAGGCCCCUCCUGCCCUUUUCCCGAGUAUUUCAGCUACAGCGUGCUGCUGACCUUGCUGGCCUGCUCGGUGUUCCUGCAGAUCAGCAGCAUCGGGAAGCUGGUCCUCAUGCUGCUCAUCCAGCUCACCUUCCUGCUGCUGGUGGAGUGGCCACAGGUAGCACUGUUCGACAACGCGGACCUCUUUGUCACCUCCAAUGCCAUUGAUUUAAAUGAAACUAGUGCUCAAUGGUCCAGUUUCAAUGAAACUACAAACCAGUGCCCAUUCGUUGUGACCAAAGUGUCCCUGAGGGUCAUGACUCCCGUCAUCCUCACAGUAUUCGUCCUGGCGCUGUACCUGCACGCGCAGCAGGUCGAGUCCACCGCCCGCCUCGACUUCCUGUGGAAACUGCAGGCCACAGAGGAGAAGGAGGAGAUGGAGGAACUGCAAGCCUACAAUCGCCGCCUCCUCCAUAAUAUUCUGCCCAAGGACGUAGCGGCUCACUUUUUGGCGCGCGAGCGGCGCAACGACGAGCUGUACUACCAGUCCUGUGAGUGCGUGGCCGUCAUGUUCGCCUCCAUCAGCAAUUUCUCCGAAUUCUACGUGGAGCUGGAGGCCAACAACGAGGGGGUGGAGUGUCUCCGGCUGCUCAACGAGAUCAUCGCUGACUUUGACGAGAUCAUCAGCGAAGACAAGUACAGGCAGCUGGAGAAGAUCAAGACCAUCGGCUCCACCUACAUGGCCGCGUCCGGUCUCAACGACUCCACCUACGACAGGGAGGGCCGCUCGCACAUUGUGGCGCUGGCGGACUACGCCAUGAGGCUGAGGGAGCAGAUGAAGUACAUCAACGAGCAUUCCUUCAACAACUUCCAGAUGAAGAUAGGUCUGAACAUCGGACCGGUGGUGGCCGGGGUUAUCGGCGCGCGGAAGCCGCAGUACGACAUCUGGGGCAACACGGUCAACGUGGCCAGUCGAAUGGACAGCACGGGCGUACCCGACUGCAUACAGGUGACCACGGAUCUCUACCAGGUGCUCGCCAACAAAGGCUACGUGCUGGAGUACCGGGGGGUGGUCAAGGUCAAGGGCAAAGGGGAGAUGACCACCUACUUCCUGAACGAUGGACCGCCCAGCAGUUAGCGGCGGGGGGAGGCGGCGAUGCUGGGAGCACCCUCAACCCCCCCCACCCACCUCCUUCCACCCCCCCGGUCAGAGACCCACUGAGCGAGGACUCGAGACGCCGUCACUUGAAUCCCGAGUGGAGAGGGAAAAAAACCCUCCUUCUUUUAAAAGACUUGAGAAAUGGAAGCGUGUUCCUGAUGAGGCCGACGUUCUCGUAGGAAGGACGCGUGUUUUUCCUCAUGUCCUCUCAGGCUUCUUGAAAGAUGCAAAGUCUGUUUAUUUAAAACAACGCCUUUUAGCCUGUGAGAAGAUUACCGCUGUACAUACGGCUACUUUUUAUUUUUACUCUGAGGUUUGUUUGUUUCCUUUUUUUCGGGGAUUUCUUUUGUUUUUAUUACACACGAAUUACGAACAGGUACUCAUACUUUUUGUUUCUGAAAUAAUAAUUUAUUUAGAUCUCGAUGUUUUGUGCAAAGGGUCCUUUAUGAAAAAGUGUGAAUACAUACGUGCACAAAUAUCCAGUUUAUUACACGUCAGAAGUGUGUAUGUACAUGAAUAUUUGUGUGUGUAUGAAUAUAUGUAUAAACUGAGAAGGAAUAUAUUGACCAAAGACUAAAGUACUUACUAAAAGCAAAGCAAGACAUGUUUGAUAUGUUCUCGCUAAAGUCAGCAAUGAUCACCUCCUAUGUUUUUUUUGGGGCAACAGCUGGCAGCACAGCUGCGUCAUUGUUUUCAUAAGAAUAUACACAAUUCAUUUUCUUUCUUUAUUCUGUCUGUCAUCCAGGCAGCAGGGAGCUGAUCACUUCAAAUUUAAAUUGUGGCACCGCCCCAAACCUCAGAACAAAAUGACUUGAGACGACUUACGGAUGUUAUUAGGAGGUGAAAUCUCUAUUUUGUAUCUAGUCGAGUCGCUCCGGCCGGGAUCAGGAUCCUCUUCGUCCUCGCUUCACGUCGCAUUGCUUCGUCGCAGCUGGUUUCAGCCCUCGCAGUAUCACGUCAUCGCUGCUCCUUCCAUUUUCAAAGAAGUAUUUAUUUUGGUGCACAUGGAAAUGAAGGAACUUAAAAUCAGAGGCAUCGGGGGAGGAAGGGGGAGAGGGGGACGCAAUCAACACAGCCUGAUUCUUCUAUGAAGAAGAAGUAGAUGAAGGAAAGAAAUAUAUAUAUAUUUAUUAUAUAUAUUGAUUUUGACUGCAUACUGUGCUUUGUCAUCCUGAAGGGGAAUAACUAUUUUCACUGUGAGGUUUUUAUGGUACAAAACAAAAACUGCUCUCUUGCCAAACAUAGCCCGCUUUGAAGCAUGUCUGAUUGUGGUAUCUUCUCAUCACUUUGGUUUGUUUUUAACGUAGGGUAUUUUGUAUCACUUCUGUAUCCAUCAUUUGUAUAUUAUUAAUGUUGUUAUUAUUAUUAUUAUUAUUCCUGUUAUUACGAUGCUUCUGAUUAAUUAUUAUGCUUAUUAUGAUGAUUCCAUUCCGACGAAAAGGAUCAAAGACCAGCGCGUUUUCUCCUGAGACGCCAGUUGUGAAGCUCAAGCUCACUGGUACCAACUGAUCAACUGCGGCCAACGAAUCCUGCCGUUCGGCCCCGACGUACAACGCAGCAUCUCACCUGCCGACAGGUGUGAUCACCAAUGACCGUUAGCUGCAGCAGAACCCCCGGGGGGGGGAAGGGGUGGGGGCACGGCAGUGUAAACACACGCGUGUGCUGUUUUUAAAACGAAUUUGAUUUAUGCCACUUCUGCAGUAUUGUGAUUCUCAGCCGGGCUUUAGGGCGACCCAACCACCCACCCCCCCCUGCCCCCCCCCUCCCAGGUGUUCACUUCUCGGUGGCAGGAAAUUACAUGCUGAUGUGAACAGGACAGGAUUAAUAAACCUGCACGUAUAUUUAUUGUACCCCCCCCCACACACACACACACACUCACUCAGUAGAAGUACUAAUAGCUGAGUUGAUUGCCUUAAGUUGACAGUGAACAAAUAACAGUGUCACUGAACAGGGACGUGCCUGCUUGCCCUGCCGGACCGCUGAUGUUCUGAUGGAGAAAAGGGGGGGGGGGGGGGAUAAGGGCUUGUUGAGAAUAACCUUCAUCAUCGUCGCAGCGACCUUAGUAUCUCCGGGCUUCGACUUUUUGUAAUCGAGUGAAUUGGCCCCCAAACAGUUGAUCACGUUCGUACCAAAGCUCACGCAGCCUCCUGCGCGGCGAUGAUGGGCCCCCGGGGGGGGGGGGGGGGGGGGGGAAAAGGGGUUU